AUGUACAAGUGGCCCAACGGCUUCACACUCCGAGGUGUCUUCUAUAAUGACUAUAUCAUGGAUAACUCUGCUCUUGAACUCACAGCUGCCAAAGGAGAAAAUUGGAAAGGCAAACUUUCUGAAUCACAACAAUUAGAGCUAUCUCCACUGGACUUUAACAAACUAGAUGACAAGAUGUCUUCGGAGAAUCUGCAUAAGUUUACCGUGUAUGUAUUGGAGAUGAUAGAUUUCAAAGACGACAUUGAUUGUGCGAUCCCAGCGGACAUUCUUGACGACUUUACUUGCGUAGAAGAUGCUCAAUUCCAACAGCAAUACCGACGAGAGCGAACCUCUAGCACAGAGGCUAAGGUGAUCAAGGAGGAAGCCGAAGCCUUCUCCGCGGUAGAAAGAGCCAUUAAAGAUAGUUUUCGAAGGAUAAAGAAGCUAGAUCACAUCCUCGAACAGACUGUGCGAAGAGAAGAGGUGCGUUGUAGCCUUCUUCAGUUGCCCGAGAAGGUGAAUCUUUGA